AUGGCUCAUGUUUCUUAUGUAAUCAGGAAUUCAUAUCAACAAGGGCUUAUUGGCUCUGUUGUUUCAGGAAUUCAUAUCAGCACCACCGCCACUCCCACCACAGACGCUGCAAUGUCGUCAGGCGCCCUACAUUCAACCGACACACCCGCAGCCGCCGUCCAACGUUGGGCCUUUGUUAUCUCACAACGCUACCAACACUUGCUGGAGAAGUCAACUCCGUUCUUGCUCUACCGUUGGAUCGUCUUCUGCGUGAUCUCGAUCAUCUACACUGCGCGCGUGCUCUACUUUCAAGGGUUUUAUGUGGUUGAUCCCGAGUUUCAAGACCUAUCUGAUGGCCCGGUUCUUCCUAAUCGGAGCUCCGAUGAGUUUUGCCCCUUUGUUCGUCGCCUUCCCGAGUUUAAUUUUUGGUAA